AGUCGCCGUUUGUGUGUUUCAUUUCCGGGUCAUAGGUCCUCAACGUGGCUACUGAUGUUUGCAGGUGUGCGGAGCGGCGAAGUUAAAUGUGAAGAAAGUUGAAUAUCCGUGAAAUAAAACAGCUACAAUGGGAGAGUUUAAAGUGCACCGGGUUCGGUUCUUCGACUAUAUGCCCAGUGCCAUCCGGGCCAUGGCGUUCAACAGCCGCAGUGAACGGCUGGCUUUGGCCCGGGCCGACGGAGCAGUGGAGGUCUUCAACUUCUCAGACAACUACUACCAAGAAAAGGUGGUUCCGGGUCAGGAUGGCAGAGCCGUCGAGGCGCUGUGCUGGGUGGGACAGCGUCUGUUCAGCGCUGGUCUGAACGGAGAGAUCACAGAGUACGACCUGGAGAACCUGAGGCCCAAGUACACCAUGGACGCCUAUGGAGGACCAAUCUGGACCAUCAGCAGCAACACGCAAGGAACCCUGUUGGCGGUUGGAUGUGAAGACGGGACGGUGAAGAUUUUUGAAAUGCUAGAAACAGGGAUUCAGUUUCAGAGGAACCUUGACAGACAAAAAGGUCGUGUCAUUUCUCUGUCAUGGCAUCCUUCUGGUUCACUGAUCGCUGCUGGUAUGAUGGACAUGAUCCGAAUCUUUGACGCUGAGACGGGUCAUGCCACUCACAGGCUGUUGGUGGAGAAAGGCCUCGGGACGUCCAACAGCAGAGAGGUGGUGGUGUGGGGCGUGGUCUUCCUGUCUGACAACACCAUCAUCAGCGGAGACUCAGCGGGGAAGGUUCAGAUCUGGGACGGACUCACCGGGACGCUGCUGCACACUCACCUCAUCACCAAGUGGGACGUCCUGGCCUUGGCGGUGUCCCAGGAUGAGACCAGUCUAAUCGCUGGGACGUCAGAGGGCACCGUGGUCCAGUUCCAGUUUCUGUCCUCCACCAUGGGCCAGCAGGACAAGGACUGGGUCCGAACCAGGACCUUUAAAAACCACUCACAUGACGUUCGGGCUCUGGUCCACACCGACACCGCCGUGGUGUCUGGAGGUAUGGACACUCAGCUGGUAGUUCGCCCUCUACUGGAUAAAGUGGAUAAAAACACACAGGAGUCCAGUCUACGCAAGAUCACUUUCCCACAUAAAAGCCUGGUUUGUUGCGCUAAAAAAGCAGGAAUGCUGCUCUUCCAGUUUCCUGAUCAUCUGGAGGUUUGGAGGCUCGGGGACAGUGAUGGAAACGGAAAGCCUGGUGAUACUCUACCUGUGAACAGGAAACCAGAGAAACUGAUCCAGCUCAACAGGAAGGGUGAGGAACACAUCUGCUGCAGCGCUCUGUCUCCAUGUGGAGGUUGGUUGGCGUAUUCCACCGUGUCCAGCGUCCGACUGUACAGGUUACAACACGACAACAACAACAUUAGCAUCAACAAGGUGUCCAAAUUACCAAAGAUCCUCCACUCAGCCCACCAGCUGUGCUUCUCCUCAGACUCUUCUAAACUCUUCGCUUCCUCCACUAACUCAUCGGUCAUCAUACUGUCCCUGAACCAGUCAGAGUGCAAAUACCUCCACACCCUCAAACCCAAAUCAGAUUCCAGACAGCCGAUCCACCUCCUGUUCCCCAGUGAAGACGGUAAAUGGCUCGCUACAGCCAACACUGACUGUGAGGUCCAUGUCUACAACCUCAACAAGCUAAAGCUUCACUGCACAGUUCCGGUGUACAGCUCCUGUCCCACCGCCAUCGCCAUCCACCCCACCAGCAGUAACCUGGUCACAGUCCACGCUGACCAGCAGAUGUUUGAAUACUCCCUGGUGCAGAAGGAAUACACAGACUGGAGCAGGAAGCUGCAGAAACAAGGCCUCCACCCUCUGUGGCUGCAGAGGGACACGCCCAUCACCCACGUGACCUUCAACCCCAAAAACCCCGCCCACAUCAUCCUGCACGACACGUUCAUGUUCUGCAUCGUGGACCAGACUCUGCCCCUUCCAGAAGCUAAGGCCAUGUUCCAUAAUCAGAUGAUGCUGAGGAGUCUCCCUGAAGCCGAGAGGAUCGGACAGAGUCACGCCUUCAAGAUAUGCAAGACCUUCCAGCAUCUCCUGUGUGUGCGUUUACUGGAGGACCAUUCUGUGGUGGUGGUGGAGCGCCCUCUGCUGGACAUCCAGUCUCAGCUGCCUGCACCUGUACGGCAGAAGAAAUUCGCCACAUAAACAGACUGAACAUGUUUUGUGUCUGCAAGCAUUUUCAAUAAAGUAUUAUGUUUUGAUAAAAUAAACCA